CGGGCAGCCUGCGCCUCCAGUUUCUCCAGCCCUCUGGUCCACAGCAUCAUCUCGAUCGUGCCCACGGGGACCGGCUGCCACCAGGGCUCUGCCUGCUUCGUUCCAGCCCCGCUCAUGGCCGCUGCCAAGUGUGGCCACCCCGCAGCGAACGAGGCGAUGGUGGACAUCGACAUCAAGUCCAAGUCCUUGCAGCCCCACUGGUAUGAGCGCUACGUCCAGCCCUGCGUGGCCGAGGUGCUGGGCAGCGCGCUCUUCAUCUUCAUCGGCUGCCUCUCCGUGGUCGAGGACGUGGAGGGCGUGGGGAGGCUGCAGCCCGCCCUGGCGCAUGGGCUGGCCCUGGGGCUCACCAUCGCCAUCCUGGGAGACAUCAGCGGAGGCCACUUCAACCCCGCCGUGUCCUUGGGCGUGUACCUGAUCGGUGGGCUGAACACCGUGAUGAUCAUUCCUUACUGGGUCUCCCAGCUCUGCGGAGGGAUGAUAGGAGCCGGCCUGGCAAAGGCCGUGGCAGCAAGCGAGCGGUAUGUGAACGCCAGCGGAGGAGCCUUCAGCAGCAUCACGGCUGACGAGCAGAUCCCCUCCGUCCUCGUGGGCGAGAUCGUCAUGACCACCUUCCUGGUCCUCGUGGUCUGCAUGGGCGCCAUCAAUGGCAAGACCAAGACCCCGCUGGCACCCCUCUGCAUCGGCUUCACGGUCACGGUCGACAUCCUGGCAGGGGGUGGCGUGUCCGGAGCCUGCAUGAAUCCUGCCAGAGCCUUCGGGCCAGCUGUGGUAGCAAACUACUGGGACUAUCACUGGGUUUACUGGGUAGGGCCCAUGGUCGCUGCCUUCGUUGUCGGCACGCUGGUGAGGCUCCUGAUCGGUGACCAGACCACCCGCCUGUUCCUGAAGUAACGCCGGGCACACGGCUUCGGGCGUGCUGUUGCCGCUGACCUGGCACAGGCAGCCGGUGUGGCUCAGCACAGCUGGCGUGAAGCCCCCUGCCCCUGUUCCUCACCACCCCGCCUCCCCUCUGCAUCUCCCAUCCCAGCGAGAUGGUUCACUUGCUGCUGCAGGGACGAUGGAAAGCAGCCCGGUGCUGGUGGCAGGGCUGGGCAGCGCCGCUCUCACCCCCAUCCCCAGGGCUCUGCCAGCCCCUGCCGCGGCUGUGGGACCGCUCACCAGGAGCAUCCUCCGACCCACACCAGUGCCCACGAGGUCCCAGCCUCCCCCAGCAUCGGUUGUGCACAGUGUCCGUCCCACCAGGGCUGUGCCUGGGUGCCUGCAGUGCUGGGGA